AUUGUACAGCACUCUUUUCUUAUUCUAAGCGCCGCGCAAAAUUUUCUUCCAAUCAUUUUUACCCAAUAACUUCACUAAAAUGAACCCAAUAACUACUGAUAAUGUCCCACAUGAGCUGGGCGAUGACAUUUCGGAUAUUGAUAUGGAAGAGGUUCCGGCCCAACUGGAAAAGACUUUGAAGCCGACAGUCCAUGAGACCAAGAGCCUUUUCAACAUCAGCAUUAAAGAACUUUGGGACUCUACCAAUAGUGAUGAGGAAGUGGAGGAGUACAAGACGGACAUCAAUAUCAAACAGAAGAAGUUUGUGGACUAUAUAAUUGCAGAACACAAAAAGAGCGAGGAAUCUCUAAAAGAAUACGAGGCUACCCUCGUAGACUUGCACCCGAGCUGUGAGAUCAAGCCGAGUGUAGAGCAGCAAGUCUUUCUGGACCAGUCUCCCGACAUCCAGAACUUUAUACGCGGACACCUGGAAUUCCGUAAUAGGUGCGAGGCGUUCUGGGUGAAGCACGAGCAAAUGAAGGAGUUGCAAGCCCGCAUAGUGGAGCGCUUCCAGCUGCUCUUAAACCAAAUUGCGCUGAACGCUAUAAACCAAAAUUUGGCCAAUGAACCCAAGAAGCCAGCAAAACAAGGUUAGUUUUAAAAUGUAUUCUUAGUUAUUAAAAAGAGAAAUAAACGAAACGAUAUGUAGAAGAAAUAAAAACACUGGCUAACAAAA